AUGGUGAACGAAAGCGACCAGAAGAGUAAGAAGAAAAAUGAUAGAAACGAGCAGGCUCACAAGUCUCACAGGAUUCGAAAAUCCGGCGCUUCAGCCAAGAAAAAAUCCAAGUCGAACCCGAAUUUGGAUGAAGAUCUUUCGAAAGAACAGAAAAAGCUUCACAAUCCUAAGGCAUUUGCAUUCACUUCAACUGUGAAAGCCAAGCGUCUGCAAGCGAUAGCUACAGAGAAGGAGCAGAAAAGGCUCCAUGUCCCCACUAUUGACCGGACUACAGGAGAACCUGCUCCAUUUGUUGUUGUGGUUCAGGGACCUCCACAGGUUGGGAAGUCGUUGCUGAUUAAGUCUCUGGUAAAGCAUUACACGAAGCACAAUUUGCCUGAAGUUCGCGGGCCAAUUACUAUAGUAUCAGGUAAGCAGAGACGACUUCAAUUUGUGGAGUGCCCAAAUGAUAUUAAUGGGAUGAUAGAUUGUGCUAAAUUUGCUGAUCUAGCCCUUCUCCUCAUUGACGGAAGCUAUGGCUUUGAAAUGGAAACCUUUGAGUUCCUUAACAUAUUGCAAAAUCAUGGUUUCCCUAGAGUAAUGGGCGUCCUUACACAUUUGGACAAAUUCAAGGAUGUAAAGAAACUUAAGAAAACAAAACAGCGUCUCAAGCACCGUUUCUGGACUGAGAUCUAUGCCGGUGCAAAGUUAUUUUAUUUAUCUGGCCUUAUUCAUGGAAAGUAUACCAAACGUGAAGUACAUAACCUAGCGAGGUUUAUUUCUGUCAUGAGAUUCCCUCCUUUAUCUUGGAGACUUUCACAUCCUUACAUCUUAGUAGAUCGGUUUGAAGAUGUCACCCCCCAAGAGAAAGUUCGAACGAACAAUAAAUGUGACAGAACUGCUAUCUUAUAUGGUUAUUUGCGUGGCUGUAAUAUGAAGAAGGGAACAAAGGCACAUAUUGCUGGAGUGGGUGAUUUUUCUUUGACUGGAAUUACAGCUCUGCCUGAUCCUUGCCCUCUACCGUCAGCUGCUAAAAAGAAGGGUCUGCGAGAUAAGGAAAAGCUGUUCUAUGCACCUAUGUCAGGGUUGGGGGAUCUCCUUUAUGAUAAGGAUGCUGUCUAUAUAAAUAUAAAUGACCAUCUUGUGCAGUUUUCUAAAGAUGGAGCCAAUACCGAUGGAACAUCCAAAGGAAAAGAGCGUGAUGUUGGUGUUGAAUUGGUUAAGUCAUUACAAAACACGAAGUAUUCUGUUGACGAGAAGUUGGAACAGAGUUUCAUAUCACUAUUUGGGAAGAGACCUGAGUCGUCGUCUCAAGCUCUAAUUCGUUCAGUUUCUGCUGCUCAUGAAGAGACUGAGCGGGGUGAACCUUUGGAGCCCAUAGAGCAGUAUCAAUAUGAGAUGAAAGAUGAUGAUGAUGAACCAAAUGAAGACAUUGAUCCUGGGGAUGAAGAUGGUCUGGGAUCUUCAGAUGGAGGUAAAACUUUUGGUGAAGAAGUUGUAGAAGAUAGUUCUGAUGAGGAAGAUUUCUAUUUAUCAGGACAACACCCUCGGACUCGGAAGGCCCAAAACAACUAUAAGGAACAAAUUGAUAUCCAUGAGGGAAGGGUGAGGAGGAAAACUGUUUUCGAAAACGAAAUGGAUGUUGAUAAUUUUGAGGGUUCAGAUGAAGAUCAAGGAAGUGAUUCAGAUGAAGAUCAGGGCAGUGAUUCAGAUGAAGAUGAUCAAGAUGGUGAUUCAGAUGAAGAAGAUAAUGAAGAUGGGAGGAUGGGAAAUAUUUCCAAAUGGAAGGAAUCCUUGAAUGAUAUAACUGCCUCGAGACAGAACAUGAACCUUAUGCAACUUGUGUAUGGGAAACCUGAAUCAAAGUCUUCUAACCAGGUUGAAGACACUGGUGAAGAGGAAAGUGAGGAUGAUGAGUUCUUUAAGCCUAAAGGGGAAGGAAACAAGAAAUCAAAGGAAGAUAUAAACAGCAAUGACGUUGACACAGAUGACUGCUCGAAAUUUACAAGCACUGUGAGUCUGAGGGAUUGGACGAAUGAAAAUUUAAUUGCAAGCAUACGUGAUCGCUUUGUUACCGGAGAUUGGUCAAAGGCAUCCUUGAGAAAUCGCAUCUCUGAAGGUGCCUCGGGUGACAUUAACAAUGGCGAUGAUGAUGCAGUCUUUGGUGAAUUCGAAGACUUGGAAACGGGUCAGAAGUAUGAAAGCCAGCAUGAUGAUGCUCGCAAGGCAGAUGAUUUGGCUGCUGUGGAGAGACGACUGAAAAAACUUGCUCUUCGUGCCAAAUUUGAUGCUCAAUAUCCUUUAUAUUACAAGUUCCCUGAUGAAGGUGAAGGUGGUGAUAAUGAUGCCAAGACUACUGGUGGUCAGAGCAGUGGAGGUGGAUUCUUUGAUAAAUUGAAGGAGGAAAUUGAACUUCGUAAACAAGUAAACAUUGCCGAACUUAAUGAACUCGAUGAAGCUACUCGUAUUGAAAUAGAAGGUUACAGAACUGGGACAUAUCUUAGAAUUGAAGUUCGUGAUGUGCCCUAUGAAAUGGUUGAAAAUUUUGACCCGUGUCAUCCAAUUCUGCUUGGUGGUCUUGCUUUGGGAGAGGAAAAUGUUGGAUAUAUGCAGGCACGAUUGAAGCGCCAUAGAUGGCACAAGAAAGUAUUGAAGACUAGAGACCCUAUAAUCGUGUCUGUUGGAUGGAGACGCUAUCAGACUGUACCCAUAUAUGCCAUUGAGGAUCGCAAUGGCCGACAUCGUAUGCUAAAAUACACACCUGAGCAUAUGCAUUGUCUUGCUAUGUUUUGGGGUCCACUUGCUCCCCCUCAUACUGGGGUGGUCGCUGUCCAGAAUCUAUCAAAUAAUCAGGCUUCAUUUAGGAUUACAGCUACUGCUACAAUACUGGAGUUCAACCAUGCUGCAAAAAUAAUGAAGAAGAUUAAACUAGUUGGCCAUGCCUGUAAAAUCUUCAAGAAGACUGCUUUUAUUGAAGACAUGUUCACUUCGGAUCUUGAAGUAGCCAGGUUCGAAGGCGCAGCUAUACGAACAGUUAGUGGAAUACGUGGACAAGUGAAGAAGGCUGCAAAGGAAGAGAUUGCUAACAAGUUUAAGAAGAAAGGCGGACAUGCUAAAGAAGGCAUUGCUAGAUGCACCUUUGAGGAUAAAAUUAAAAUGGGGGACAUCGUUUUCUUACGAGCUUGGUCCCAGGUUGAAGUUCCUCAGUUUUACAAUCCUCUGACAACUGCCUUGCAGCCCCGUGAUAAGACUUGGCAGGGCAUGAAAACAGUUGCCGAACUAAGGAGGGAACAAAACCUUCCAGUGCCAGUCAACAAGGAUUCUCUUUACAAACCUAUUGAAAGGAAGCCGAAGAAGUUCAAUCCUAUAGUUAUCCCGAAGUCUCUGCAGGAGGCUCUACCAUUUGCAUCGAAACCCAAGGACAUACCUUCUAGAAGACGGCAGUCGCUUGGAAGUAGGAGAGCUGUGGUCAUGGAGCCACAUGACCGGGAAGUGCAUGCUAUGGUUCAACAUCUUCAACUUAUUAGAAAUGAAAAGAUGAAAAAGCGAAAACGCAAGGAAGCUGCAAAGAGGGAGGCACAAGAAGCGGAACGUGCAAAAGAGGAGCAAAUUUUGAAAAAGAGGCAGAGAGAUGAAAGGCGAGGAAGAUACAUUCAAGAGGAAAAACUGAAGAAGAAAAUGCGUCGAAAUUAA